AUGAAUUCUCUCCCCAGCCUGGCCAACUCCGAGUCUAACGCACGAUGGAGGCCGGCCAUUGCGACAGUGAGCCUCGGCGCCGCUCACUUGCAUCCUCUAAAAGCCAAAAUCAAUGCCGCUGCAAAGAACGGCCAGCAAGGCCUCGAGCUCUUCUACGAUGAUCUAGCGCAAUUCGCCAAGACGCUGCGUUGUCAAGCGCCCGGCGCCAACGCGGAUCGCUCCGAUUGGGACUAUGAGAUCGACGCCGCGCAUGCCAUCCGCGAUCUCUGUGCACAGCGUGAUCUACGGGUAUUGGCACUGCAGCCCUUUCGGCAUUACGAAGGUCUCAUCGAUUCGGCCCGCCACGCAGAGCGCGUUGAUGAGUUCCAACACUGGGUCGAACUGGCGAAGAUCCUAGGCGACAAUCUCUUCAUUCUCAUUCCGUCAUCCUUCCUGGACGCCUCCGAGGUCACUGGGGACCGAGACCAGCUAGCGGCUGACCUGAUUCAAGCGGCGGAUCUAGCAUCCCCCGUGCGUGUCGCCUAUGAGGCACUUGCCUGGGGAACGCACAUCAACACUUGGGAGGACUCCUGGGACGUGGUGCGGCGGGCCAACCGGCCCAACCUUGGUAUCUGUCUGGAUACCUUCAACAUCGCGGCCCGCGUGUGGGCUGAUCCCACCAAUCCAACGGGACGCCAAUCGGCCAGUGUAGACAAGGAUCUACUGAUGUCUAUGGACCGGCUGGUCCGGGAGAUCGAUCCGGGGCGAGUGAUGAUGGUUCAGCUGGCUGAUGGCGAGCGUGUCGACCCACAGGCUCCCUUCCUCCAAGCGCCAGGGCUACCUAAGCUACUGGCCUGGUCCCGAAAUGCUCGUCUAUUCCCGUGUGAAGAAGAGCGAGGAAGUUACCUUCCGAUCCGAGAGGUUGCAUACGCCUGUCUCAACCGCUUGGGGUACUCUGGAUGGGUCAGUAUGGAAGUUUUCUCGCGAACGCUCGGGGAAGACAACACUCAAGUGCCGGACGAGCAUGCCGCACGGGCUCGUCGAUCCUGGCAACGCAUGUUGGAAUAUCUAGACAGAAAGCCGGUGAAGGACACCCUCGCGUGCUGA